AGAGUGCGCUUUAUAACCUCGAAUGCAUCGCUACUGCGUGAGUUAUUUGUCUGGCAAUGGAUGAGCGAGAAUACGAAUUCAGUGGGUCUCCGCAGAGUCGGAAUCGGCACAUCUCUGGUCGCUCGUUACUUCACACGCGCAGCCUGAGCUCGUCGAUCGAGGCUCUCGAAUCUUGUGUGUCGCCGUCAAGACGAAACAGUCCGGGAAUGAGCAGGAAAGCAUAUGGGUCGGUGGAAGAGCUAUUGUCUCUCGACAUAAGCGGAGAGAGGAAAAGACACCGGUUUCGUGUCGAGUCGUUUUCGAUGAGCGAGGACGGUGACCAGGUGGUCGACCGUUGCUCUCACACGGCGCCCUAUCUCGAGAACCCCGAGUACGAGACUCGUUGGUACUUCAAGUACUUUCUUGGACGUGCGCAUCAGAACUUUCUCGGCUCGGACGAGAACAAGAAUCCUUUCUUUCUAUCCGUCGUCGCUACGGAUGCGGACAACCACGGAACGAUGCAGCAUCGGUGCAUCUUGUGGCAUAAAAGUGGCAAUCAGAGACUAUGCCUGCCGUUGACACCCGGAAAGUCACUCAACUACAAGACCAUUUUGCAGAAGUGGGGCAAGACGAAGUUUGAGAAGACACCGAGAGAGCUAGUGAGCCCGGCCAUUCAGAAGGAUCUCCUCACGCUGGAGGAACAAGAGGGAGCCGUGAACUUCAAGUUUGGAGUCUUGUAUUGCAAGGAAAGGCAGACUGCUGAGACAGAGAUGUUUAGUAACGAGACUGGCAGUGAACAGUUUGGUAAAUUUCUCGAUCUCCUGGGAGAUGUAAUCCAGUUACAGGACUGGGACAGAUUCAGAGGCGGCUUAGAUGUCAAAACAAAUACCACUGGCACACAGUCCGUUUACACUGUGUAUAAAGGACAUGAGAUCAUGUUCCACGUAUCCACCAUGUUGCCAUUCUCCCGUGACAAUCCACAGCAGGUGGAGAGGAAGCGACACAUUGGUAAUGACAUAUGUGUUAUUGUCUUCUGUGAGGGAAAGUAUCCAUCCUUUCAGCCAUCAUCUAUAAAAUCCAAAUUUAUUCAUGUUUUUGCUGUGGUCUCCUACGAUAAGGAAGAAGAUGGAUACAGGCUUCAGAUGUACUCGGCUGAGAGCGUGCCUCUGUUUGGACCCGCUCUUCCCAACUUAGGAGUUUUCAAAGAUCACAUUGGAUUCCGGGAAUUAUUACUUGCUAAAUUGAUGAAUGGCGAAAAAGCAGCAUAUGGAACUCCAAUAUUCAAAGACAAACGAGAAAGGACUCUUGACUUGCUUAUUAGAAAUCUGGAAAAGGAUUAUGACGCCAUGAUGGCUCCUAGACGAUCUCUGCUGAUCUUGCCUGAGACGUUAUCGCCUCGAAUUCAAAGAAGGAAGGUACAAGCUCGAGUGACUGAGUUUCAGCAAAUCGGCCAAGACUUGAAGCUGAAGAAGAUCAUGAAGGGAGAUCAUCCAACAAGCUUGCAAACGUCCAGUCUCUUCAAGAAAGAUCCUUGGGAGCCACAGCUGCUGUCAGCAGAAAUAUUUUCUCAUGACAUCGUUUGUGGAGAUUCAUGGGGAGAUCAGGUCGUGAUUGCAUCCAGUGAUGGCGUGUUUAUACUCUAUGAGGAUCAUUACUAUCCGCUUAUCAAUAAGAUGAUUACUGUACAACAGCUCACUGUGUGCGAAUCCCAUGAUGUGAUGGUUUUCAGAGGGGGGAACGCUUCAGGAAAGGAAAGAUACGUGUAUGUUUUCAGAACAUCGGAGCUGAAUAUUGUUGACUCUCCUUUAUUGGUAAAAUCAGAAUGCAGAAGCCAUCGUAUACAAAGAACAAAAGGAUGUCACUUGUUUGCUUGUAGCCCUUCAGAAUCUGAGAUCUUUCAGUUGGCUGUGGCAGUCAAGAAUAAAGUUCAAAUUUAUCAGUGGGGGAAUAGCAAUAGAUUAUCUACUGCUUCUGACAUGGAACUCAAUGCUUCCGAUGUGCUGAGUUUUAUUAGGGAAGUAUCUCUUGCAGAUGUACCAUGUGUGAUGACAAUGAUUCACGACUUUGAGGGUAGUCAAAAGUACAAGAUGUGUUUUGGCUAUAAGCAACAAUUUGAUUUGGUGUCUGACGAUGGAGACGAUCGAACCGUCUUGUAUGAAAUCAAGUCUGGAUCAAAGGUUAUUCCUGUUUCAGCUGUUGACUUAUAUGAGGAGACUCAUGCUGAAGUCGUUCUCACUUAUGGACACAACUCUUUGCAUCGGAGCUUGUCUACUGUUGAGGAUAUUCCCGAUGUCGAAAUCAAGUGGAAUCAUGCACCAUCAGCCAUUGCUUGUGCAUUUCCAUAUAUGAUGGGUUUUUCAUCAUCAUCUAUUGAAAUUCGACUGGCGAUUAAUGGGAGUUUAGUGCACACAUUGAAAAUGCCUGAUAUUCGUUUGAUUUCUGCCAAGAAUGACCUAAUUUUCUGCUCAUCGGCUUCUGGAAUUAAAGGAUCGCCGCCUUGUAGUCACAAGCCAAAGUUUGGAUCUCCGUCUAGGUUCGGUCGAAUGAGAACUGCAGUGUCUGUAGCUUCUCUUGUGCCUUUGCCAUCUGAUUCAACGGAGAAUUUUAUUUAUCGGAUAUCUGCUGACACAUUGGCAGGGAUCACCAGUGCUCCUAGGUCUCCUACAGUCAACAGCCCAACUCUUACUCCUCCUCCUCUGUCUCCACUUGUUCCUUUGGUAACUGGUGCUCCACAGGUACAAAUAUCACGACUUGCUUCAUUGAAACGAGUUCGGGGAGCAAGACGGCAAACUGAUUCUGUGUAUAAGAGCUUGGAGGAGCUGGAGUUAGCUCUCAGCGAGUUGGAGUCUAUUGACCUGAAGACACCAACGUCACCAGUUGCACCAACAUUUUUGAGUUGUAGUCCUCUUCAAUGAGGUAGGUGUAUACGUAUUUAGUGAGUAAAUACUUAUAGUACAGAUGUCCAAAUAGCUUAGUAUUGUGCAAUAGAUACGUUGUUAUUGUUUCUGAACAAUUUUUAUGGGACAUCAGAUAGUUUCAUUUAUUUAUGUACAGUACAUUGUUGACUAUAGAAUAUUAUUGAAGUGUUAUAUCACUAAC